UGUAGCGGUGGCCGGUGGCAUUCAUUUUUAGUCUAUAAACUUUAAAAUUACUAAUUAUUUGAUAUUUAUGUUUUAAUACAAAAUAAAUGUUUAGUGAUUUUUAUAAUUAUAGUGCAUUUAAGAAAAUUAACACUAAUCAAAAUGGCACAAGCGGAAGAUACUGAACUUCGUGAUCUUGUAAUUGAAGCUUUGGAGAAAAACGGAUCUCUUGCAAAAAUAAGGGCUCUGUUGAGGGCUAACAUUUUCCUGGCUUUCGAAGACGACUGUGAAAAUAUUAAACAGAAUGAAUCCCUUGACAAUAUUUUAAAGCUUCCGGAAGGAAUUUUAUCUUUAUCGAUCAUACACGAGUUUUUGGAGUUCUGCAAUUUAAAAAAUACGUUGUUUGUUUACAUGUCAGAAUCACGACAAGGAAAUGAGUAUAAGGUUAAAACACAGCGGUCACUCAUCGAUACGUUACGAUUAAAUAAAGUGAGUAAAGAUAAAGAACCUAUUCUUAUUACUCUGUUAAAAUACUUCACUAAAUCACAAAAACAUGAAAGUUCGCAUGAAAGCUAUGAGCAUGGUGAUCAUUCUACAUAUACAGUAGAACAUGAUACUAGUUCCUCUACAAGUCAAUCCCAAUCUGAUAAUUCAUCAGAUGAAAAAAAUAAAAUAGAUUUAAGAUUGUCUUUAGAUAACUCAGAUACUGAUAGCUCUAGUGACUCAAGAAACAAGAAAAGCUCAGAAUAUGUUCCUAAUCCAGAUAUAACUGUAAGUGACAUAGAUUUAGAUGUACCUGAAGAGGUCAAAAGUUGUCCAGAAAGUUUUCCUACUGUAGAAAAAAACAAAUUAAGUAACACAGAUAGUCUUAUUAAGACCAGUGAACAGAAAUCAUUUGAAUUGAAACCUUUUAAUUUAACUGAUGAAAAACUUUUAAAUACCACAGGAAUACCUAAUAGUGAUGAUGGUAUAAAAGAAAAUAAAAUAAUGGCAAAUGAAUUUCACACAAUAAGUAGUCCUUCAUCAGAAUCAUUUAAAAAAGAAAAUAUAAACUUAAGUUCUGCGAUGACCACAAAUUUAAUUCCUAAAUUGACACCAGACCAAUCAUACAAAAAUGAUCAUUCGCUAGAUUAUAGUUACGAUUUUUCAUCUAUUCCAGUUUCUGAAAAAUCUCUUUCAAAUAAACUAUCAGAAAAACAAACCUCAAACCAAAAUAGUUCAAGUUCAUAUAGUGAUAAACAAAAUUCCCCGAGGUCAAUAAGUUCUAUUUCUAUAUCAGAUGUAGCUGAUCUUAUAAGUGAGAGAAGCUAUGUUAGUAGAAAAAGUAAAAUCUCCAUUUCCCAAGGAAAAUUACAGAAAGAUAAAAGCCCAGAUAAUAUAAGCUUGAAGUCUAGCAAUAAUUCCAGUGAUUUCUCUCAUUCUCCAAUUCCAUCUUUAUCAAAUCUCAGUUUAGACUAUCAUAGUGAUUAGAGGGUUAAUAUUGUUUAUAUUAUUAUUUAAAAAAAAACUUUGCAUUUUUAUAUACAAUUUCAAUUAAAUAUUUCAACAUUGGUAUAAUAUGAAGUAUUGUAUUUUCAAGAAACUUGUUAAUAACUUGAAAUAAAUUGUCAAUGUAUAAUAAAUACUAAAGUGAGUACUAUACGCUUGAUUUGAGAUAUGUGUCAAUGGUACACAUGUGGUUGUACACAGGUCUAAUGAUUUGUAGUCAGUUAAAUUAGCACUAGUGAUCUUGUGAUAAUAAGCAUUAUUCCUAAUGAAAAAGUUAUUAUUGGUGUAUUUUUUAAUUAUAUUAAAAGUGGUGUAAAGCUAAUAUAAUUAUACCUACUUCUGAUGUUAUACAAAAGAAACCUAAAUUUUAACUGGAGAGUAAAAAUAUUCAAUCCUGCAUAUUUCUAUACUAGUUUUCAUUUUAGCUAAAUUUAUCUAACAGCAGGAAAUCUGGUUUCAGAAGGUGUCUUUUUAAUGUUUUAUAUGUGAACAAGAUGAUAAUUGAUUACUGUCCUUUUAACUCCUGCAUUUUUUAUUGUAAAACAAUGAAUAUUAUUAAGUUUUUAUUAUAUGGUGUAAAUUAGCAUUUUAAUAUAUUAAUAUGAAUGUACUUACUAAUUAGGAUGUAUUUAAAGUAAAUUAUAACUACUCAUUUUAGUGCAUCACACAUUAUUUUGUAGGCAUAUUGUGUUGUAAUAAAUAAUAUGUUUAAUUUUGCAGAAGGUUGUGCCUUAUUUAAGAUAACAAAUUUAAACAGAGGUUCCUUAAAUUUCAUGUUGAUGAUUGUCUAGUCCUAGAAGCAUAAACAGUUGCCGUCCAAAUUGCUCCACUAUCUCAUUUGUUUCUGAUGAAUAACAAUAACAUGGUGUAUUAAAAUAAUGUUUCUAGUGCAUAAGUUCCUUUUGAAUAAAGUUUUUGCUUUAUA